GUCUGGAGUUCAGUAGGUCGUGCUAAGUGGUCGUGCUUUGCAUAUACGAGCGAACCUACAAGUUCUGGCGUUUACGCGGCUAGUUUAACCACCGUGUUCAUCUCGAGCCCACUGAGCUAAGCCAUGGAGUGUGCCGACGCCGAGUUCCUCGCGGAGAAAACACUGGUUAGCAUUAUUCCCACAUUCAGUGCGGAGAAACUCUACCUAAUCACCGGUGACGUCGGUCCAUUCGCAGCGGGCACUCCGCUCAGCGUUCCCCUUUGGAUGGCCCUAAACUUAAAGCAGAGACAGCAGUGUCGAAUUUUGCCGCCGGCCUGGCUUUGCAAGGAGUUUCUCGAGGAUAAGAAGCAGGACGAGAUGGACUCGACGGUCUUCACCGAAAUGCCGUGCGAACACUAUUUGGAGGUGACGCAGAUGCUGUUCGAUGUCGCCGCCGCUGACAUUCCUGACGCCAGCGAAGUGCGGACGCUGGUGAAGGACAUCUGGGACAUCCGACAGGCCAAGCUGCGCAGCUCGGUGGACGCUUUCGUCAAGAGUGACGAGGUGCACGCUCGGGUCGAUCACCUGACCCUGAUGGAGAUCGUCACCGUCCGCCGCCUCUUCUGCGGUGCUCUCAAUCACCUGAACAAGCUGCGCCAGCAUUCUUAAGAUACCAAAAUACCGUAGACCAGGGGUCUCGACAGUACAAUCCGCAGGCCGGAUCCGGCAAGCGUGGGCCUUUUGACUGGCCCGUGGCAGGUGGCGGUCCAUCCAAUGACAGCCAGCCCAGAGGCUGGCCACUUUCCCCUGCAAAGCCACUGCCUGAGAAAGAGGCUUUCCCUAAAAAAAAUUGUGCUAUUCCGCUUCUUUCUGGGAGCCAGCUUCACUGCAGUUACAUAAUCACGUCACAAUGCCAUGUCGUCCGAGCCAGCACCGACGAAUCAAGAGCCUUACGCGACCAUCAUGCGAAGACCGCUUGAUGCUCCGCUUAGCCAGUCAGUAGAGGCGCCCAAGCUUUCACGACAACAUGGCUGUAAAGUGGCCUAAUAUAAAUCGCUAUCGUAGAGGCGUAAAACUGUUACAUGCUACAUCCCAUCAUCAGUCAUGGCGCUCUUUAGCCACACCUUGCGCCACAAAAUACCACAUAUCAUCAUGAUGCACGGGCCCAGAGAGCUCUCGCCAGCUUUUUGCCCAUGAAACUACAGCAUGUAAAUAGCUGGAGAUAGUAUAAAGUUACUUUCUUUAGUUCACAAUACAAAACGUACAGUGGACGACACCUUGUCCCAGAGCUUGUAGUGGGGCAAACUGUAAUCUUUCGCAAUUGAUGGGGGAAAGGCAUGUCCGGUGCUAAAAAGAUUUGUAGGGCUAAUAAUAAAAGCUGCUCAAGUUGUCAGGUUAUCAAAGCCUAUGUUCUUGCACUGCAUGAUUCACCAGCAGGUUCUCUGUGGGAAAUCCGUGGACAUGUCCUUUUUCUUUCAGCUGUCACAUAAAUUGAAUCACCCCCAGUUCUGUGAAUUUUUGAAGGAGACUGAAUCAAAGUUCCCAGACCUGAUGCAAUAGGUGGCAGUUGGACGGCUAAUCUGCGGAAACAUCUUUUCUCGUUUCUUUAACUUUAAAAAUAAAAUAUGAGUUCCUUGCGCAGAAAGAUCGCCCCAAGCCAGUAGUACUGUUCAUUAACGAGUGAUUGGAAAGUGGCCUUUUGCAUCGGCUUAACCAACCACAUGAAUAACCUAAUGUGAAGCUACAAGGAGAGUCGCACCUUAUUCAUGACCUGCACAUGAACGUGUAGGCUUCAGGGCAAAACUACAGGUGUAAACCAGAUGCAAAAUUGAAAGUGGAAGUAUUUCUACUGCUGUUCGCAGAUUAGGGCGCAUACUAAGCAUUUAUUUCCCUAUUUCUGACGAAUUCUCACCAAUCUGCGCAGGCAACUUUGCGGGCAUUUCUCUGGCCUUGAUGCCAGGAAGCAGGAAAGUUCUAAAAUUUAUUUAGCUAUGAUGUGGAUACACUGCCAUGUUCCCUUCAGCUGUGUGCUUGUACUAAGAAAAAAAUUGAAUUUCUAUAUUUUACUAGGCUUUGAGCAGUUCCCAAAUUUGAAGCAAUUAGCCCACUGGUGCACGUCAAUUUUUUUACACUACCUAUCUUCGUAAGCAAACUCUCCAGAAUGAAAAAUGGUAAGUCGAGAGACAGGGCUAACUUAUCUGAUGAAAACCUCAGUUCUCUACUUAUUAUUGCCUCCAUCAGGCUUACCACCAUAUUUCACUGCAAUAAAAAGUCAGAGCAUCAGGUCCACCACAUAGUUAGUCCCUGUCGUACGUCUUGGCAAUGGGACGCAUGUUCCAUGCAUUCAACCAUACUACAUUUUGCUUAGCGCACUGUGUGGCAUUUUGCUAUUGUGUAUGCUUUCUCGUGGGUAUAUAUAUGUUAAUAUUGUAAAUAUGUGAAUAUACUAAUAUAAAUAUGUGAAUAUUUUCUUUUAUCUUAAACUUCUGGUGAUAAUUCUACUCCACAUGUAUUUGUUGAAGUGAUUAUCAGCUUUGAUGUUUAUUAAUCAGCUACUUCUGUAAUAAUAUACAGCAAUUUGUAUUUAUUAUGAUUGGUGCCAUUCUGAUAGUCUUACAUGCUGUAGGUUGUAGUCAGCAACCACCUUCAUUCUUAGUCAAAAAAUGAAAGCAGUUGCAAUUAUGUUAAA